AUGGUGAGUUGAUGAUUUUUCUUUCUUGAUUUUUGGGUCCAAGUGUGAUUCUUCAAAACCUGCUAUCUUGUUAAAAAAAAAUCAAAAAUUUCAUAUCUAGUUGAAAAAACACUAACUGAAUGGUGAUGCCUUGAUAUUAGACUUCUUGGUUCGAUUCCUCUCGGCGGCGGAUUUUUUUUGCCAUUAAUUUAAAGAUUGAUUUUUUGCCGAAAAAAAUGUUUCUGCUUGAGUAAAGAUUUAUGAAAUAGUAAUAAGUUUUAUUUGAAAAUAAAAGAAAUAAAAAAAAACAUUUUUUUGCUGAUUAAAAUUUAGGAUCCUAAACCGAGUAUGUACAUCUUAUGAACACUAAAAUGAAAUUUCGGUCUUCUUAUCCUGAAAAAAAAACUUUCAAAUGGCUCAAUGGUAAAAUCCUUGCUCUAAGCUCCAACUCUUCUUGGUUCAAUCCCUCCUGAGCGCCAAAAUUUUUGCUCCCUUUCAAAAAUUUCAUUUUCUCACUUCAAUGAAUAAGUCUCGACAAACUUUCUGUGUUUUCUUCAAAUUUGUCCAUUCCGAUCAAAAAUCAGCAAGAAAAGCUGAAGAAUCAUCAAUUUUGCACGCGGAAACGACCUUUUGAGCCGAAUUCUUCCUUGUUUUUUUUCUCUUUUUGGUUCAAAAUAAGAGAAAUUAGUUCUCCCAAUGUUCUUUAGACUUUUCCUUUUUUAAUCAAAGCGAAAAAAGGGAAUGAGAGGAAAAGAAAGGGAGUGAUUUAUGAAUCAAGGACAUUAAGUAGAGUUUUUGUGGUCUUGGAAUGGGUUUUUUGGCUUUUUUUUGAACAUUUUUUCGUUCUUGUUAGUUAAAAUGAUCCAAUAAUUAAAAUUGAAACGAUUCGGUCGCAGUUAGAAUGGCUAAAAAUUUAAAAAAUACUCGUUAAGGUAACUUUUUUUGAUCAUAUUUUUUUGGAAGAUGCAAGUAAUUUUUGAUUUUACUUUGGGAAGAUAGAGUGAAGUUUGAAUAAAAAAUUUUUUUUUGAAUUUGACCUCAUAAUUUUUAGAAUUUUAGACGCGAAAUAAUGUGCUAAUCAUUUUGAAAAAAAGAUUUUUUUUCUGAGUUUAUUUUUUUUCAAAUUUUUUUUUUCUUGGUUCAGCUACGAUUUCAAAGCUUUUAAAAUCAUAUUUUCGGUUCAAAAAAACCUUAUUUCCCGAAUAAAACCUUUUCCUGCCUCGAUUGCGAAACACCUGGUCUCCCAGGUGAUGCGCGAAAACGACCAAAAAUGGGCCAAACUUAUUAUAUAUUUGCUUUUCUCCCCGUUUUCCCUGUUUUGACCGAUUUUCGCUGAAAGAAUCCAUUUUUCCAUGAAUAAAUUUGCGAGAAAAAAAAGUUUUCAAGUUUCAAAAUAAUUAUUUGAAAGUUAUUUGGAAGCUCCGAAGUUUGAGCCAAUCUAUUGAACCAAUAUUGAUAUUUUUCUUUGAAAUUUUCCGUCACAAUCGAUAAAAUCAAUAAAGAAAAAGAUUAUUUGUUCGAGGCCCGUGAGUCAACGCGAACGGCAAACAUUUCACUCAAAAGUUUGACUUUUUUUCCGCCCCUGUUUUUCCUUCAUUUUUCUUCAUUUUUUUCGUUAAAAUUGUCCUUAUGUUUCCUCUUGAUUAUGAUAAAAAAAUAAAAAAAUUUGGGGGAAAAAGAUUUUUUUUUGAGCUUUUAUUUGGAAGCGAAGCUGAAAAAAAGAGUAAGUUCCGAAGCUUCAAAAACCAAAAAUAUUUUUUUACGACUUUUUUAAAAAUAUCUAAACUUUGAGAAAGUGUUUGAAACUCUUUAAAAAAAAGUGUAAAAAUGGAAAAUUAACCGCUAUUUGAACGUAUAAAGUUCUAAAAUUCAAAGAAAAAAAUGCCAAGGGUUCGAGUCCGCCUGAAUCGGCUUUUUGCCAAUAAUUUUUUUGAAACUUUUUAAAAUUUUUUUGGCAUCAUCGAAUAAAAGUUACAAAAUCAAAUAUCAACUGUUAUCACUUCAAAAAUGGCGUUUGAAAAUCAUAAGUUCGACUCCUGUGAGCGUUUUUGCCAUUUUUUUAUAAAUAAAUCACUUUUUCUAAUUUUUUCGGUGUCCUUUAUUUCAAACAACUCGAUUAACCUUCAAAAUAAUAUAAACAUCAUUGCUCAGCUGGUAUCACUUUAAACUAGCACUAAAAACAUUCGCUGGUUCGACUCCUCUGGGUGACGAAUUUUUGCCAUUUUUCUUUAAGUUCAUUUUUUUAUUUUUUUUCGUAUUCAACCUGAUAAUUCUAUUUAUAGAAACCUUUCCAAAAAAAUCAAUUCAUUCUUUUUUUCAAGAUUUAUUUUUAGAAUUCAAAAUUUGAUAAGAAACGUCGUGAGAACAAAAAAAUUUGCAUGACUAUGAUUCAUUGUGUAAAAAAAUGACGUCAUUUUUUUGGUCACACUUUGACCCCUUUUUUUUCUUUUUUCUUUAAAAUUUGAGUUCUCGGAAUUUCUGAACCUUGAAAGUUUUUGGGAUCGUUAUUUCAAAUGCUAAAGUUCAGAAGCACUAAGAGAAGGAAAAUUUGCAAUAUUCUAGAAAAAAUCAUCAUUUUAGGUCUCACUUUGACCCUUUUUUUCGUCCUGUUCUUUCAAAAAUCAGAGUAUCUGAACCUUUAAAAAAAGUCUUUUUUUCUAAAUUUUUUUGGAACCGUUUUUUUCUAAAUGGUAGAGUUCAGAAGCUCUAAGAGAACGAAAAUUUGCAAUAUUCUGGAAAGAAAUUGACGUCAUCAUUUUCUGAUUUUGACCCCUUUUUUUCUUCUCUUCAAAAUUUGAGUUUUUUGGAGUAUCUGAACCUUGAAAAAAAUUUUUGAAAGUUUUUUAGUGUCGUAAAAGUUCCAGAGAUGAAAUUUCAACUGGAAGAGUUCAGAAGCUCAAAGAAAAAAAUUGAAACCCUAAAAAGUUUUUUUCUAAAUUUUUUUGGAGCCGUCAUUUCAAAUGGUAGAGUUCAGAAGCACUGCAAUAUUUUUGGAAAAAAAUCAUUUUUUUAAGGUCUCUUUUUGACCCCUUUUUUUCGUCCUGUUCCUUCCAAAUCAGAGCAUCUGAACCUUAAAAAAAGUCUUUUUUUCUAAAUUUUUUUGGAACCGUUUUUUUCUAAAUGGUAGAGUUCAGAAGCUCUAAGAGAACGAAAAUUUGCAAUAUUCUGGAAAGAAAUUGACGUCAUCAUUUUCUGAUUUUGACCCCUUUUUCUUCUUUUUUUUUUCUUCAAAAUUUGAGUUUUUGGAGUAUCUGAACCUUGAAAAAUUUUUUUUUGAAAGUUUUUAGUGUCGUAAAGUUCCAGAGAUGAAAUUUCAACUGGAAGAGUUCAGAAGCUCAAAGAAAAAUUGAAACCCUAAAAAAAAGUUUUUUUCUAAAUUUUUUGGAGCCGUCAUUUCAAAUGGUAGAGUUCAGAAGCACUGCAAUAUUUUGGAAAAAAUCAUUUUUUAAGGUCUCUUUUUGACCCCUUUUUCGUCCUGUUCCUUCCAAAUCAGAGCAUCUGAACCUUAAAAAAGUCUUUUUCUAAAUUUUUUGGAACCGUUUUUCUAAAUGGUAGAGUUCAGAAGCUCUAAGAGAACGAAAAUUUGCAAUAUUCUGGAAAGAAAUUGACGUCAUCAUUUUUCUGAUUUUUGACCCCUUUUUUUCUUCUUUUUCUUCAAAAUUUGAGUUUUUUUGGAGUAUCUGAACCUUGAAAAAAAUUUUUUUGAAAGUUUUUUUAGUGUCGUAAAGUUCCAGAGAUGAAAUUUCAACUGGAAGAGUUCAGAAGCUCAAAGAAAAAAAUUGAAACCCUAAAAAAAGUUUUUUUGAGUUUCUUGGAACCGUUAUUUCAAAUGGUAGAGUUCAGAAGCACUGCAAUAUUUUUGGAAAAAAAUCAUUUUUUUAAGGUCUCUUUUUGACCCCUUUUUUUCGUCCUGUUCCUUCCAAAUCAGAGCAUCUGAACCUUAAAAAAAGUCUUUUUUUCUAAAUUUUUUUGGAACCGUUUUUUUCUAAAUGGUAGAGUUCAGAAGCUCUAAGAGAACGAAAAUUUGCAAUAUUCUGGAAAGAAAUUGACGUCAUCAUUUUCUGAUUUUUGACCCCUUUUUUCUUCUCUUCAAAAUUUGAGUUUUUUUGGAGUAUCUGAACCUUGAAAAAAAUUUUUUUGAAAGUUUUUAGUGUCGUAAAGUUCCAGAGAUGAAAUUUCAACUGGAAGAGUUCAGAAGCUCAAAGAAAAAAAUUGAAACCCUAAAAAAAGUUUUUUUCUAAAUUUUUUUGGAGCCGUCAUUUCAAAUGGUAGAGUUCAGAAGCACUGCAAUAUUUUUGGAAAAAAAUCAUUUUUUUAAGGUCUCUUUUUGACCCCUUUUUUUCGUCCUGUUCCUUCCAAAUCAGAGCAUCUGAACCUUAAAAAAAGUCUUUUUUUCUAAAUUUUUUUGGAACCGUUUUUUUCUAAAUGGUAGAGUUCAGAAGCUCUAAGAGAACGAAAAUUUGCAAUAUUCUGGAAAGAAAUUGACGUCAUCAUUUUCUGAUUUUUGACCCCUUUUUUUCUUCUCUUCAAAAUUUGAGUUUUUUUGGAGUAUCUGAACCUUGAAAAAAAAUUUUUUGAAAGUUUUUAGUGUCGUAAAGUUCCAGAGAUGAAAUUUCAACUGGAAGAGUUCAGAAGCUCAAAGAAAAAUUGAAACCCUAAAAAAAAGUUUUUUUCUAAAUUUUUUGGAGCCGUCAUUUCAAAUGGUAGAGUUCAGAAGCACUGCAAUAUUUUGGAAAAAAUCAUUUUUUAAGGUCUCUUUUUGACCCCUUUUUCGUCCUGUUCCUUCCAAAUCAGAGCAUCUGAACCUUAAAAAAGUCUCUUUCUAAAUUUUUUGGAACCGUUUUUCCAAAUGCUAAAGUUCAGAAGCACUAAGAGAAACGAAAAUUUGCAAUAUUCUGGAAAGAAAACGUCAUCAUUUUCUGAUUUUGACCCCUUUUUCUUCUUUUUUUUUCUUCAAAAUUUGAGUUUUUGGAGUAUCUGAACCUUGAAAAAUUUUUUUUGAACUUUUUGGAACCGUUAUUUCAAAUGGUAGAGUUCAGAAGCUCUAAGAGAACGAAAAAUUUGCAAUAUUUUUGGAAAAAAAUGACGUCAUCUUUUUCUGGUCUCUAUUUGACCCCUUUUUUUCGUCCUAUUCAUUCAAAAAUCAGAGCAUCUGAACCUUAAAAAAAGUUUUUUCUAAAUUCCUUGGAACCAUUAUUUUAAAUAAAAAUGUUUUGGAGAUGAAGUUUCAACUGGAAAAGUUCAGAAAUUCCAAGAAAAACGAAAAUUUGCAUGACAACGAUUCAUUCUAUAAAAAAAAUGACGUCAUCUUUUCUGGUCAUAUUUUGACCCCUUUUUCGUCCUGCUCCUUCAAAUUUCAUGAUCUGAAGCCAUAGGGGGAAAAAAAAACAAGAAGAAUGGGGAUCUCUGAAUGUUUUUUUCUCUCUUCGGUUUAAUUGCGAGAGAAGGAAAACGCUUUCCAUAUAUAGAUCUUGUUAGCUGACAAUUCUCUCCACUUGUUGUGACUCUUUUCCCAGCCACGGAAAAAGUGACAAGUUCUUCGGACAAACAAACAAUUUUGAUAUAUUUAUAAGUGCGGAGUUGUUAUCUCACUGGAGGUUAUAAAUAAAAUUGUUGAUUUCAGGAAUAAGUGCCAUUUUUUUCUGUUAAUUAUUGAGACAAUUGUUUUUCUGUCUGAAGUACUUGUCACUAUUUUUGGUCACAACAAGUCAAAAAUAGAGAAAAUUGUCUGCUGAAUGGGUCUAUUUAUGUCAAUAGAGAAGCGUUUUUUAAUGAAAUGAAUGAUGAUCGAAGGUCCUAGAGAAGUUAAAUUGUCGAGAAAAUAAUAGGAAAAAAAAAUUCAAACUUAGAAAAAAUGGCCAUUUAAAGAAGGAACUAGUGUGCUCCAUCGAUAAUUUCGAGACGGUUUUUUUUUAUCGAACGCCCUAGAGAUAACGAAGCUUCGAGAAAAUAAAAAAAAUUUUGGGAGGAACAAAUGUGCUCCAUCGCUAAUUUCAAGAUAAUUUGGUGAUGGAAAUUCUUAGGGAAGUUGAAGCUUCGAGAAAAUGGAAAAAAACUCUAAAAUAAGAAAAAAAGAACUUUAUCCCGAUCUGGAAAAAAUAGCCUUCCUAUGAAGAAGCUAAUUUGCUCCAUUGAUAACUUGAUGUAAUUUCAAUUUUUGAAGUUUUCAAGCUUUAAUUUGUUUUUGUUAUCAGACGAAAAAAACAUUGAAAGUUUCCGAUUUGCCUGAAAAAAAUUCUUUUUUUCCAUCAAAAAUCGUCCCGUGGAGCGCACUUUUUCCGAGGUUUCUUGAUUUUUUUUUUAUUUUUUAUUUUUUGGUAAACUAUUCUCAUUUUUUACUUCCUUUGUAAAAUAGAACCUCAAAAAAAUUUAAUAGAGUGAAAAAAUGUAAAAAGCAAACUUUUCUGUUACCUGAAUAUCUCAAAAAAAAUUUUCUUUCAGAUCUCUUCUGCUUAUAACAACUACAAAAAUGAACAAAAAAAAAUUGAAAAAACUUUUUUUUUUUGCAGAGAAUGGAGUCUACCGUUGACUCCAAGGAGCUGCCCCAGUCCAACGGUCAGGAUAAACGGAUCCAGGAACUUCGUGCUCAAGUCGAUUCUGUCAAAAAUGUGAGUUAGUCCAUCCAAAAAAGCUCUUCCAGGAAAAGAUCUUCUGAGGGCCCCGAACAAAUCCUAAUUAUUUCGAUUUCGCAUCUUUUCACGUCCUUCGAUAAAAAAGAUCCCAGGGAAUACAAAAAGGAUCCUCUGAGGGUUUGGGAAAGGAUCUCAAAAGUCUUUUUCUCAAUAUAUUUAGUCUAGUUUAAGAAGCUUCCAGCGGAACCUUUUUCCAGAUCCUUCUGAGGAUCCUCAAAGGCACUUUUUCUGUGUUUCUAGGGCUUUUGCGAUGUUUAUGAUGGAUUAAAAAUGAAGGAAUGAAUGAUUUAACGAGUUUUUAAUGCAAUUAGAGUCCAUUUUCUUCCUCAAAAGAUCAUUCUUGAUGGAAAACUGUUAAAUUUUGAUUUCUCCAAGAAGGAAAAAAAUUUUUUUACCUUGUAUGUUAAUCAAAACUAGUUUAUUAUAAACCGAAUUUCGAAAAAAAUAGAAGAAUUGUUCUCGGGCAAAGUCGGAAUGGUGGAUUAUGGCCGCUAAAAGGGAGAGGCUCAAAAAAGGCUGCAAAAAGACAGCAAAGAGGUAGCAAAAAGGCUGGAAAAAGGCUGCAAAGAGAAUCCCUUUAUCGACCCUCCGUUUCUCCUGAGAUUUUAAAGGCUCAAGAAAUGGUGGAAAAAGAGAGAGGCAGCAAAAAGAGAACCUUCAUCACCCUGAAAGAAACAUUUCUAUGCAGACUUUUUGACUCUUUCUGACUUUGCCUAUGGAUUUUUUUGGAUACGUUUUUUGAAUAUUUGGAUAUAUGGAUACAUUGUGAGAUUACUGGGUAUAUGAAAAUAAUUGCAGGUGAUGGCGGAAAAUGUCGAGCGAAUGAUGGAGAGAGGAGAGAGGCUCGACAGUAUCGAAUGUAGGACUGAAGCUCUUCAGACAAAUGUAAGUAUUUUUUUCACAUUAUUUCUCGAAAAAUUGAUUCAAAAUUGCGAAAAAUCACUUAGAAAUUCGAUUUUUGACCUUGUAAAAUUGCUGUAGUUCUUCGAAGUCUAAUCAAAUCGGAGAAUUCUUCCCGUAAAUCCCUAAAUUUUUCAAAAAUCCUUCAUUUUCAGAAAAUUGAACUUUUUUUGUUUGGUCAAGUCGAAAAUUUCUUCCCGAGAACCCCUGUAAUUCCAAAAAAAUUAUUCAUUUUUCAGAAAGUUUGAAUAAGUUUGGUUCUUCUUUUUAGGAAAAAAAUGGGAACUUUCAUCUCAGUUUAAUAAAAUUAAAAAUUAUUCCCGAAACCCCCUAUAUUUUUCAAAAAUUCUUCAUUUUUAGCUUCUCAACGGUUUUUUUAUGGCUAGUCCAAAAAAAUAGUUUUUUUCAUAUUUUUUUCAAAAUUUGCCAAACAGAACAGAAAGACUGAUUUUUUUCAUUCAAAGAAAAUCCGAAUUUUCAAAAAUUCUCCCCGAAAUUUCUUCAUCCUCCGCUUUUCAACAAGCAACAUUUUUUUGCAAACAAGUCUGAGCCUAUUCCAAACAAAUUUUCAUAUAAAAAUUUACGAAGCGGUCAACUAUGGAAGCCCCAUUCAAGGGUUCGAAAGCGAAAUUUACGUAGUGAUUUUUGAAACGUUAUUAUGAACUGGAACAUAUUGAUUUCAGUGGUUUUAGUCGUUUUUGAAGGCUUAGAAAGCUUUUUUGAACACAAAGCGGUAAAUAUUCGUUUUGAGGCCUCGAGAAAAGCUUGAGUUUGAACAGUUGGCAAGAAAAAUGAUGAAUUUUCGAGGGAAAAUUCAAAAAAAUAAAAUCAAAAAGUCCAAGCUCCAGUUAAAUCAAAGUAUCUAUUUUCGCAUCGUUUCUCAGAUUUUUUAGGUAUUUUGGGGCUUUAUCGAGAAACUUCUCGAUUUAUUGGGAAUUCAAAAAAUACAUGGAAAGAAUGUUAAAAGAUUCUUUCAUGAAAAAAAUUGUAAACACCUAAAAAAAUGAUAAACUUAAAAAAAGGUUUACUUUUUUUAAAUUAAGCUCAAAAAAACGAAGAAAAUAAACUGAGCGAGAAAUAUUGUAGCAACUUUUUUUCUUGAAAGGUGAGAUGGGUAGAUUUUUCGGACAUUAGUAACGCAAAACGGACGUUUCUGGGCGAUUCUAGGGAUCACUUAAGAGCGCUGAGGCUACUAAAGGGGUCACUAGAAAUGCCCCGAAACGUCCGAUUCGCGUUACCAAGGUCUGAGUUGCAAAUGAGACGCGUUGCGUACGCGGUGCUGCUUUUUGGCGGGAAUCUCGAGGUCAAACGCGCGUUUUUUAUUUUGACGGUUUUUCAAUCAUAUUCAACUUUUUAUGGUUUUAUAAGGAUUUAGUUAAACGAAUAAUAGUAUAAAAAUGAUGAAAAACUUUUUUUUCUUCAUUUUUCCUAGAUUAAAUUUUUUCAUACCUCAAGUUUUUCCCGCCUGAAAGCCGCGUCGCACACGCAACGCAUCGCCCUUGCCUUUUGGAUCGUGAAGAAUUGACUAUAUCAAAGUAUAUAGUCCGUUCAGAUUUUGAAUGUCGAGUGCAAUGACGUCAUUCAAAAACACUCUGUGGGUGGCUCGCUCUCUGAUUGGUUCAUCACACCAUUAGGGGCGGAGCUUCAGCCUCGACUUGACAUUCAAAAUCUGAACAGACUAUAAAAAUAUAAUUUUCAGAGCGCCAACUUCAAAAUGACGGCGAGGAAGGUGCAACGGAAGUUCUGCAUGCUCAACGCCAAAUGGACAUUUAUUUCGGCGAUCGUCUCGAUUCUCAUUAUCACUGUUCUUAUCGUUCUGAUCCUUCACUGGUGUGGAGUUAUUGGCAAGAGGACUAACUGA